UGUUAUUAAUAUUUGACAACCAUGACUCACACAUUAGUAUCGACCUGAUUGAAAAGGCUAAGGCAAACAACAUCCACAUUAUUGGCUUACCACCACACACUACUCAUCUGCUUCAGCCCCUUGAUGUUGCCAUCUUUGGUCCCUUGAAAGAAAAGGUCAACCAAUUAGCUGUGACAGUGGGAAACCUGAACAAGUCUGCCACCAUAGGCAAAGCAAAGUUUCCUGCUUUAUUAAGCACUGCAAUUGACCAGACUUUAUCCUUAGCACGUGUGAAAGAGUCUUUUAGGAAAUCUGGAAUGUAUCCUGUAGACAGGUCCAUAAUUCCCAAUUCUCAACUAGCUCCAGCAGACUUUCAUAAAACUGAAAAGGGAAAUAAAGAGAUUACAGAUGUAGAUGUUACAAUUAUCACUAGUAAUGAGCACCAGGAAUCAACAAUUCUUUGUCACUGUUGUGGCAACACUUUAACAUACACAACAGAAACUGAGCUGAACAAAACAACAGAAAAUCCACUCGUUACAAAAAACUUAAUCCCAAAAAGUUUAGCUGAUGUGUUGUUACCCCCUGCAAAUCCAUCUCAGGCAAAAAAAACUUCUAGUAAAAUUGUAACAGAAGCAAGAGUCAUUACAGGGGAUGAAAUGCUACAGAAACUGCAGUAUAAGCAUGAUGAAGCAAAAAAGUUGGAAGAAGAGAAAGAAAAGAGGAAAACAGAAAGAGCGAGAAAGAAGGAAGAAGCUGAAGUUUUAAAGGAGGCAAAGAAGGAGGAAAGAGAAAGGAAGAAAAGAGACAGAGAAUUGAGAGACACUGAAAAAGAAGACGAAAGAGAGAGGAAGAGACAGAGGAAGGAAGAAAAAAGAAAUAAGCAAUCUAACCAACAAAUCACUGCUCAAGUCCACCAGUAUUCUACAUGUAGUAAUUCAUCUGUAGACAGUAGAAGAAGUAGCAGAGUGAAGACACCUUUAAUAAGGGAAGAGUUUUUACAAUUUGAUAGUGAUAUUGACAUUAUUGAGACAAUGGAAGAAUAGGGAAUAAAACAAAAAUCUAUCCAAAGACUCUUGUCAUACUGAAUUUGAAGAACUGUGCAAUUUGUUUUUAAAUAAUGUUUGAGAUCGCAAUUGCAUUUUAUUGAUUUAAAUUUCAUACUGUUCAUAACAAACUUAUUGCUGCAAUAUUGAUAAAAUUUUGAUAACACAAAUAUCUUCUGUAGGGGAUACAAUCAAUUUUUUCACUUCUAUAUUUCAUGUAAAUUUUAAGCUACAGAAAAUCAUAUUUUUUCCUAAUCUUUAAAUUCAACAUAUUGAUUAGAUUACCUUUAUUUGCCCUCUUCAUAUUGUAUCUGGAAGUAAAAUUAAAAAGUGGUAGCGAUAAAGUUUUAACCCAUGAUUUGGAUUCACAAAAUGAAAAAAAUAAUCAAUGGUCAAGUUGCAAAACUAUUACGUUAUUGGUAAUUCUAAAACAAAAACAAAUGAAUGUACAUGCGGUUUUUGAAACAUUGAAAAGAAAAUUAUAUGAAAAAUAACAAGUACUUCAAGAAGUACACACAAGUUCCAUGUACAAUGUAUACCUUCCAGUAUAUACCAAUAUUUUAGCAACUGAUUUUUGAAGAUGUUAAUUAUAAACAAGUUGAUGUAUCCAAUAAUCUGAAACUUUCAUAAAAACAUUUUAUAUAACUUUUUAACCAUCUAAAAAUUUAGGGUCAGUAAUUGGGCUAUACUGUUCUCACAAAAGAUUUUUUAAAGGAUGUAAUCAUAAAGGACUCCUCCUUGUUUGUCUUGACCUGUCCCGCUAAAAUGUACUACAAGUUCACCAUCACUUCAGAUAACCUGGAUUUUUUUUUCAAGUAAUAAAGGAAUAUUUUGUUCAUUUAACAAUGUUUAAUGAAAUACUUGUACAUGAUAUAGCAGACAUGUGUAUUUAACCUUCAAUUUACUAGCAUACUCAAAUUAAAAAAAAAUUGUGUUUACAGUAUCAGAAAUUGAUGAUUUGACUUUGUUUUGAUAUGCCAAUGUAUUGAAACUAGAGGCUCUCAAGAGCCUGUGUCGCUCACCUGAUUCUACUUUAAUUUUGGAAAUCAUGUUAAAAUAGAUUAAAAUCAUAACAUAUACCCUAAA